ACAGACUCUGAAGAGGAAUCUAGACAUAAUAUCUCCUUUAGAAGGAAGCAGUUUGUGUUCUACAGACAAAUUUUCGGAGCUUUUCUAUAACAGAAUCGACAUUUGUAAACCUAGGAAUCUAGCGUUGUUACCCAGCAUGGAGUAGAGCUGCAAUAAUGUUUUAUACAAGUAUAUGAAAAGACUAACCAAGUUACAAUACUGAAACGGAAACCUAUUGUGAUGGAGAAAGCUUUGAAAGACUCAAGAACUAGAUCGCUAAACGACAACCACUUAGUUAUUACCUUAAGAACGCAGUUGGAGAAACAAAAUAUACUUAUUUUCAAUCUUCGCUGUGAGCGAGACCAUAUGAUUAAAGAAAUACUUGCUAAUUUGUUCUUUAUAGAAGAUGAACUUAAAAAAGAACAGAGAGACAUUCUUUUCCAGCUGCAUCAAAGAGAUUAUGUAAUUCAGGAAACUCGGCGGGAGCUAGAUUACUGGAAGAAUCUAUGCUACGAGGUAUGCCAGGAUAAAUCUUCUAAACAAUUACCUGCACAUGAAAUGGUUCAGCAGAUACAAGAAAAUCUGAGUACACUUGAAAAGGAUUGUGUUAAUACGUGUGACAAAGUCUGUGCUAGUCAAUCUUGUAAAAGUAAGAAACAGCCACUUAAUAUUCUACUGUAUAGUAGUUUUAAACCAAAUAAAGUAACCCUAACUAAACCUCAACUUAACAAAAAUGCCAUAACUUCAGAAGAUUGUUCAUCCGGUACAGACUCAACCCCAGGUAAACACCAGACUGCCAAACUGGACGUUUCUGGAUAUGAAAAAAACAAACGGAAAUACGUGGUAGUCACGGAUAUAGGGCGGGAAAAAGAAAACAUUUGGAAUAAGCAGCGUAAGAAAAUUCUGAGCAACUAUCGUUCUGCAGUACGAAUGAGAGACAUUAGAUAUAAACAAAACUUUAGUCCUUUUGAAACUGAGACGACUAAUCUCCCAAGGACCUUACCUAUAUAAUUUUCCAUGUUUAAUAAUUUGUUCAGGAAUACAUUACGAAACAUCCUUGCCAUGUUGUGCUCAUGUCAAGUUUAAUUUUUCCACUAUAUGUUCUCUCAUAAAAUAAUCAAGUUAUAUAAUAUAUAUAUAUAGAGAGAGAAACAUAACAUGGAUGUUGAUAUAGGCAAAAGUUGUGACAAAAGCAGCAAAAUAAAUGAAAAAUGGAGAAUUUUUGGUCAACUUGACAUUGUUUUAAUUCAAUAUUUUAUGUAGUAUUUGUAUUCAGAGAGAAUUACCUUAUUAUGUAUUUGCUAUAGUUAACAAAUGUGUGCAUAUAGUUAGAUGUGCAAGAAACGUGAAUAAACCGUAUUGUAUUCGGAAACUCAAAGUGCCAGAAACUUUCAACACCUAAAUUUGGUCACUGACCCUGAAUCUUGUCUAGUGUCCUUCAUGACAUGAGAAGAAGUACAGCAAUGUUCAAAGUAUAAGGUGGUCACAUAUUGAAAUUCAAACAGCACUUUCAUAAUAAGCAAGUCCUAUACCAUUAUAUUUAACAGUACCAUUAGGAGAAAAUCAAACAGCGACAUCUAUUGAAAAAAAUGUAGAUU